CUUUUAUUUUCUAACCUCAAAAUAUACCAGCUACACAUUCACACACACUCAAAAACUCCAAAAAAAAAAAAAAAGCCACAAAUGUUCUCUUCUUCUUCCUUCCUUUCUUCUCGGAUCUCUAUGUUUCCUCAAUCCAAUACUAUUCAGAUUGGUUCUUGUUUUUUUGCUCCCAAUCUAGCAUGGAUUGUUAAAAAGAUUUAAUCUUUGAUCUGGGAUUUCAUAUUCUUGUUGUUAAUUAGAUUUAUUGAAUACCCUUUUGAGGAAUUUGUAUUAAAGUUGUGAAAAAAAUGAUUCUUUUAUUGAUUUGCUAGGGAUUUGUUUGAUUUGAAUGUUGUAUAAUGGUGAAUUAGGAGAACCCCAUUUAGUAUUUUUGUUGCAUAGUGCUAGUUUUGUGGUGAAAUAGAUUAAGGAGUUAUGUUUAAGAUAAUAAAAAGAGGGAAGAAAAGCUCCAAAGGGGAGGCUAUUGAGCCUCCAAUACCGACGUCGGUGCCCAAUGCACCUGUCGAUCACGCCUCGCGAAUAGCGACGUCAGGUGUGACAUCAUCACAGCCUGUUACUUUGGCAAAUGCCACACCAGAUCCUAGUGUGAUUGAGGUAUUGCCCUUAUUGAAAGAAGUUGCACUAUCCGAACGCCAUGUUUUGUUUAUCCGGAAGCUCCAAAUUUGCUGUGUGCAAUUUGAUUUCUCGGAUACGGUGAAGUGUGCUAGACAAAAGGAGAUCAAGAGGCAAACGCUAACCGAGCUUGUUGAUUUAGUUCAAUCGGGUUCAUGUAAAAUGAAUGAGAUAAUGCAGGAAGAGUUGAUUAGGAUGAUAUCCACCAACAUUUUCCGGUGCCUUCCGCCUGCUUCACAUGAAAAUACCGGGUCGGAAGGUAUAGAGGAAGAGGACGAUAUGUAUUUGGAGCCAUCGUGGCCACAUUUGCAAUUAGUGUAUGAGUUAUUUUUAAGGUACGUACUGUCGUCCGAAAUGGAUACCAAGGUUGCGAAACGAUAUCUUGACCAUUCGUUUGUGUUGAAAAUGCUCGACUUAUUUGAUGCGGAGGAUCCUAGAGAGCGGGAUUAUUUGAAAACUAUUCUUCACCGCAUAUACGGGAAAUUCAUGGUUCAUAGGCCAUUUAUAAGGAAUGGUAUAAACAAUGUAUUCUACAGGUUUAUAUUUGAGACGGAGAGGCAUAAUGGUAUCGGUGAAUUGCUAGAGAUUCUUGGAAGUGUAAUAAACGGUUUUGCUCUGCCAAUGAAAGAAGAGCACAAGUUGUUUCUUGUUCGGGCACUUAUUCCUCUCCACAAGCCUAAAUGUGUUUCUGCAUAUCACCAUCAGUUGUCCUACUGCAUCACUCAGUUUGUUGAGAAAGAUUACAGAUUGGCGGAUAUUGUUAUCAGGGGGCUGCUAAAAUACUGGCCACUUACUAAUUGCGGAAAGGAGGUUCUUUUUAUUGGUGAACUGGAAGAAGUUCUGGAAGGUACACAGCCUGCUGAAUUUCAGCGCUGUUUGGUUCCUCUUUUCAAGCAACUUGGACGUAGCAUCAAUAGUCCCCAUUUUCAGGUUGCUGAGAGAGCUCUGUUCUUAUGGAACAAUGAACAUAUAGUAGACUUGAUCGCGCAGAAUCGACGUGCAAUUUUGCCAAUAAUCUUUGAGCCAUUAGAAAGGAAUAUGUAUGGCCACUGGAAUCAGGCAGUCCACGGGCUGACCUCCAAUGUCCGGAGAAUGUUCUUGGAGAUGGAUUCAGAAUUUUUCGAGGAGUGUGAAAAGGAAUACAAUGAAAGAGCAGCCGGUGCCACCGGCCUUGUGGAGCAGCGCGAGCUUAAUUGGAAGAAAUUGGAAGAAGCUGCUGCACUGGUCGGGUAGAAAUUGUGAAUUUGAAAACUGAAGGUGAAUUGCUCCAAAGUUUUUUCCCGUGCUUCGUGCUGCUUUUCCGUAAUUUGAGGGAAGCAGGCUGAAGGUAUGGGCAUUGUGUUAUCUUGCCUUGGCAGAAAUAGUGUGAAAGUUUUGUUUAUUUUAGUUAUUCUAAGACGAUUAUUCUUUAGCAUUUUAGGACUAACCAAUAAUCAAACUUCUGGUCUUUGUGAUCAUCCCCACUCCCACUACCUUCCUCUAGGACAAGGAAAAUGGGAUAAAGAAAUAUUUUAUUCCAUUAUUUCUUUAUUGCCCUUAUGUUUGUCUGAAAUAUUUUCUGAUAGUGAUAAUCUGCUUGUUGCUUGUU